AUGCUGGCCGAGGCCCUGGGCUCGUACGUGGCGGGGCGAACUCAUGCGGCGCGGCAUGCGCCAGCGAGUUGCGUCGUACAGUCGCUACAAUCGUACGAAGCUGUGCAGGAUGCUGCGGUGUCGUAUGAAAAGGACGUGCUGGUCAGCGCUGUCCAGGCAGUGCUGCAAAGGGAUCAGCUGCCGAGCAGCGUGCAGACCACCUACCUGUACCUUGCCUCGAUGGCCCCCAUGCCAGAUGUAUGGAAGGUGGCGAUGCAGGAUGCCUGUGAAGUGAUCCGCACCUUUCUUGUACAUACCCUUCGCCCACGCUGCCAGGCAGACGCGGCACUUGCCCUGUGGAUCGUGCGCUUGAUGGAUACAUGGGACCGUAUGAUGGCUCGCUUCCACACGAUCCUGGAUAUGCUGCGUCCUGUGCAUGUGCCAGAGGUGGAAUUUUUGUCGACAUGCACAGCCAUGCUCCAACGUACGUGUCGAGAUACGCAUGACGCGGCCACAUGGGACCGAGGCGUGUAUGCCGUGGCGGAGGCUGUCCGGCAUGGCCAGUACGAGCCCAGCACACUUCAGCGUGUCUGCGGCCUAGCUGGUGUGCUCGAACGAAGCACACACGCCUUAAUCGAGCAAGCGUACACGUACUAUGGUGCGCGUGUAGAGGAGCUCUUGCGCGGCUCGUUCGCCGAGGCCGUCCCGCACAUCCACGCAUGGAUCGUGAAAGAGCACGAGUGGGCCGCACAGCUGGGCGAGGCUGCUGUGCCGGACGUAGUGGCUACGCAGGUGGUGCGUCCGCAUCAGGAAGCUCUUGCAGCUACGCUGUCGUACUUCUUGGACCGCCAAGACACGGAGCGCAUCCAGUCGUGCUACGCCAUCUUUGACGACGCUGGCAUUCUGCCGGUGCUCUAUGCUACGAUGCGGAAGCACGUCGAGUCGCGUGUGAAGGACCUGAUGCAAAGUACCGACGAUAGCGUGCUGAUUGAGAAGCUCUGUCAACAGCACCACAUAUGGCAUGGCUUGGUGACGAGCGGUCUGCAUGCGGACCCUAUGAUGAGAGAUGCUCUCCACGAUGGAUUUGAGCACGGACUGAGCGUGCGCGGUACGCAUAUGGCUCAGCUCCUUGCGCAGUUCGCUGGUGCACAGCUUGGCCAAGGUAUGGACACGUGGAUCGACGACAUGCUGCUGAUCUUUCGGUGCCUGUAUGAAAAAGACGUGUUUGAAGUGUGUUAUCGACAUGCCUUUGCGCAGCGCCUUCUUCAGCAGUGCUCUCACGAGGCGGAGCUCGUCAUGCUCGAGCGCCUGCGGCAAGAGUGCGGGCCCGAUUACACGCGUCAACUUGAGACGAUGCACCGCGAUAUGGACGUGUCGAACGAGUUACUGCAUGAGUUUGACAGCGCCCAUAUGCCGUUUGAGUUCGACGCUCGUGUCCUCUCACAGAGCCAUUGGCCAGCGUACGAAGAGAUACCCCUGAGGCUGCCGCCAGAGAUGACGUCCGUGCUGCAGCGGUUUGAGGCGUUUUACGAGGCCAAGUACAAGGCGCGUUCCUUGCAUUGGUGUCAUGCUCUUGGGUCCGUCGUCAUGCAGGCCGACUUCGGCCGCGCGGGUACCAAGGAACUGGUCGUGAACACGCUGCAAGCGGUGGUGCUCCUAGCCUUCUCGACCAAGCAUGUCCUCUCCUACGCCGAGUUGGCGACUCGCACAGGUCUUCCUCCUGCGUCUCUCGAUGUUACGCUGCAAAGUCUCACGUGUGGCGCGCCACCUACGCGGGUACUGUGCAAGUCGCCUGCGGGACGCGCGGUGCAUAAGCAUGAUACGUUCCGCGUGAACGAGGACCUCGUCCCUACCGCGCGACGCAUUUGCAUUCCACAGUCGGAGCGGCCCACCACGCAUACCCAGCAGCAUGCCGCCUCUUCCUAUGUGCUAGUGGAUCGCGACAUGUUCCUGCAAGCCGCGGUCAUGCGUGUCCUCAAACGUCGGACGCUCGUAUCGCUCUCAGACCUGUUGGCAGAGGUCGGCGACCAAUGCAGGGGGCGCUUUGCCUUGGAUCACGCCGAGCUGAAACACGCCCUGGAACGACUCAUGGAGAAAGACUGUGUGGAACGCGCUGACGAAGAGCGCCACAUGUAUCGCUACGUCCCCUAG